AUGACUUCUUCAACUCAACAAGACUCCCAGCAUCGAGCCACUUCUGAUUCUACGGAGCAGGCGGAAGGAACAGUCAUUCAAUUACAUUCUAAUAACUUCGAAACCCCUGUCGAGCUAUCUAACGUGCUUAAACCCAUUUUUGGCGAUGGAUUUAGCUUUGAGUUGCAGAAUGAUAUGUACAAUGUUCGGAUCAUCGGCCAUACUCUACAGGAGAUCGAAAGAAAAUUUAAGGAAAUCAAGAAUCACAAAAGGCAUGAUGUCGUAAUAGGCGGAAGGAAACAGGAGACUGAGGAUAACAACUCUUUGCCAACCACAGCGGAGUAG